AUGUGUUAUGAAUUCGGACUUUUAUGUUCCUAUACUACUAACGCUACAGUUGAAUUACCAGGCUUGGAUUGUUACGUUUGCAAUGGUGCUCAAUAUGAUGGAGAGGCAGCGGAAACUUGUUUUACUACUGUAUCAGGGACAACAGCUUCUGCUACUUGCGCUGCCGAUGCCGGAACGAAAAUGCAUUACUGCAAUGCAAAAUUUACAGUUGUUGACGGUGUCACUACGGGUGUUGAGCGAGGUUGUGCUGCGAGUACUUCUGAUGAAGACACUCACUCCAACGCAGUUCCAACCGCAGAUAGAUGUAUAACUGUUAUUGAUGCUACCGGCAAUCCGACCGCGAUCACAGAAUGCUACUAUCAUUGCAGCGCACCCGACAACUGUAACACUGAAAAUACAGCCUCAUUGAAACAAUGCCCAAAUAAUUGUAACAGAGGAAGCUGCAACUAUAUCACCGGAGUAUGCGUUUGUGCCUCAGGAUGGUCUGGUACUAAUUGCAGCACGGCAGUUACUUCAACCUCAAGCAGGGCCUCCAGAAAAUGUGUUCAGUGUAACUCUGAAAUUGAUAGCGGAUGUAGUACAUCAACAACAAGUGUAGAUUGUCCAGGGACUCAAGCAUAUUGCUCUACAAGAACAUCAACCAUUUUUGAUGGAUCCGAUGCAGUUAUACGCACUGUCACCACCAAAGCUUGCACAUCUGCUUUCAAAGCUGUUGAUCGAUGUGUAUUCAACGAUAUUUACACUGACUCACCAAUCAACCUAGCAAGUGUUGGUUACAGCGAGUUUAACUGUUUCUCUACCUGUGAUACCAAUGACUGCAACACCAACACAGCUGAUGGAGUGAUCAACGGUAAUGAAGCAGUUGUGCUCCAAUGUGUCGUUUGUAGUGAUACAACAGGGGACGGUAGCUGCAACACAGCAACAGCAAGACAAGCUUGUCCGAGCGGAUCAACUCAUUGCAAACAUACAGCAAUAUACCAUAUAUCUGACAGAGUUGAUCUUUCUUACACAGCCGAUCCAGGAUAUAAACUUGUUAGUGUUGUACGUGAGUGCGCCACUGCUGCCGUGACAAGAGAAUGCGCUGAAGCUUCAGUCGGAAGUCUCAGUUUCAAGAAAGUCACUUGCACUGAAACAUGCCAGGGUGACGGAUGUAACGUUGGAUGGCCUGCAAGACCCGAAUGUAUCACAUGCUCGUCACGUGCCACAUACUAUACUGAUAGCUAUGAUCAAUGCCUUGAAAAUCCACCAAUGCCAGCUGCAUGCAGUCAUCCAUACCACUCAAGUUGUGUAAUCCACGAAAGCGGGCUCGAGAAAGGAACUAGGAAAAGUGUGGAGGGAUAUCCUCGUAGAAUUACUCGCGGUUGUUCCUAUGCUGGAAUAGGAAAUGGAUGCACAUCUGCGCAACCCCGUGACACUGAAAUUGAGACAUGCAAUCGCACAUGCACUACUGAUGGAUGCAACGUUGGAAGCGGAGGUUUGAUGCCAGUUGUUACUCUUCUGACAUUCCUUCUUCCAGCAGCCUUAGGAUUGCUCACACAACGUUAUUUUUAAACUAAACUUCAAGAGUAAUUUUAUUUCUAUAAACAUUGAUGUUAUUACUAUCAUUUUUAAUAACAAAAGUGCAGAAUUUAAUUUUAGUAUUGCCGUG